AUGAACUGGGGAGAGCGGGUCGAGUUUUCCUAUGAGGUGGAGCAAGAAUUCGAAAAGUUCCCUCGGCGUCACCCUGAACGGUCUUUCUACUGCUCAAAGGGUUCAGACUUGACCUUGAUGAGCGCAGGAGAUUUAGAGGCUGUAACGCCGUGGAUCAGAGAGCAGUCAAGCGGCUUCACGUGGCUCCACGUCCCUGAGAAUAAUGGUCUCUUCCUCCUUGCGGUGAUAAAAUGGGCGCUGAGUGGCAAUAUUCUUCGAGAACACGAGACAGCCGAAGGAAUGAAGUUAACAUCCGAGAUCUUGGGCACCUUCAGGCUACCUUCCGUAACGCCUGGUGAUCCGUCACUGGAUUACAGGACUCCAAUGUCCUCAUUCGAGUGGCGUUUCUUGUUAAAUCAGGAUGACGGCUGCUGCAUAGUGCUUCCUUGCUUUGUUCUUCGCAGUUCGCAGGCCAAAGAUCGUAUGCGGGAGGACUUCGAAAUGAUGAGAUCGCAAGUACCGGCCAACAGAGCCCGUUGGAUGAUGCAAAUUGAACGCACAUUGGACGAAGCGCACUUUCCAGGACUGGGUCACCUUUUCUUUGAUCAGCAGAACAGGAAACAGGUGGUAUCCAGGGAGUUCAAGAAGAACAAAAGCAAAGAGGAGAUCGACGUCAAGAACAUCCCGAUCUUAAUGGUUUCGCAAGUCUGGCUCUGGUCUUCCAAAAAUUGGCUCAUUUCCAGCUUUGCGAUGCCAGACGCUGAGACCCAGGGCGGCGGGUCAAGGGAGGUCACCGGGACGUUAGAAAAUCAAAUGCUAUUUAAGCAUCCUUCUGAGCAAGUAAUACAUCUCGUCGCCGAAUUCAUCGAACAAUUUGGCAAACGUACUACCCGAGGUGGCGGCGAUUGGGAACCUGCUCUGGGCUAUUUCGAGAUUGGGGUCGUUAGAAUCUUUGCGGAAGUGGAAGAAUACGUACGAGAUUCCACAAACCAAAUCCCGAAUAUCACAAAAGAAAGAGAGUUUCUUCAUGAUAUCGCGGACAUCAAACAUGAGCUUGCCCUAAUCCAACACGUUCUGGACCAGCAGAUGAAGAUUAUUAAGAACAUGGCGGAGGCUUACGAUUCGGAAGCCAUGAAAGAGCUACCACCUGGUGCUUUACCUUACUACAAGAAAAGAUUCAACAUUACGAAAGGUCUAGUCGAGGAUUACACCAAGGCCGUCACCAAAAUCAGCGCCGACGCAGAGCGAAUCGAGCAGAUGAUCAAGACCCAACUAGAGCUCAAACGAACGCAAGCCAACAUACAAGACACACAGAACAGUCUGCUCCUGAGCACGGCCGCCAUCGGAUUCGCAGUCAUUACCAUCAUCUUCACGCCCCUUGCAUUCAUGGCGAGUCUCUUCGCGUUGCCCCUCGAGGGUUUCAAGGAUCAUCAGAAGGGCGAGGGAGAGGAUGCGUAUUUCGAAACGAGCUACGUUGGGAAAUGGUUCUCCAUCGCGGAGGUUGUCUCUCUGGUCGUGACGGCGCUUGUGGUAGUGGUGUCUCUUGCGGCUCUCAGGUGGGAUUCGAUCAAACGACGUUUUGGCUUCAAUCAGGUCGCGGCGAAGGUGGAAGGGAUGUUGGCACGCAAGGGAAAGGCCGCGAAGAAAGAGAACGAAAACUCGGAGCCCGGGGGAAAGCGUCGCAGUCCCGAUGAGGAGGAGGCUGUGCCGGGUGCCUCGAACAGCCGCCCCUAG